CCUCAUAUUUCUCCAAAAUCUUUCUGUGCAUACAAAUAAUCACAGAAAAUAUUCCUUUUUGUGAAAGGGCUUGCAAGUUUAGAUGACACAACACAUCUGGACUAGAUUACCAUCUGGAACGAUACUUCAGCCUGUGGAAAAAUGCCUUUCACGUGGAUUAUUUAAAUGUACUGCAAAAGGGAAGGGUUAUGGAGUAAAUAAGUUGCCUGCUGUCUACAGAUUUAUGCAAGCGAAGUAGUCACCAACAAAAUCACAUUUAAUGUGAAACUUCAAGCAUGUUUUAGGCGACUUGUGAAUCAAACAAUCUUUAACUUCAAGGGAUUUUUUUUUUUGCUUGGAUUAAACCUCAGUCAUGCAUUAUUGUUAUUUAAAAGUUUUCAUAGUUGUGCUUUUGAUUCAGGUGAUUGGAAAUGCACAGAGGAUCACUCAAGAUAUUAUCAUUAUGCAGUACUUUGAAAGCAGAAUUGCAAUGCUUGAGGACAGGCUGAUAAAAUGUGAUCAAGACAUCAUGAAGUAUGUCCAGGAGCUGUAUGCCUUCUCGAAAGAAAUGCGGGCUCGUUUGGAUGGCCUGGGUGUUUACAGAACAGAGUUCAGGAGCGAAGUGGAGAGUGUGGUGUCCAGAGUGGAGAGAAUCGAGCAUGACAUCGAUUACCUGGAGAAUCGGAGCCCUGUGCAGCCAUGUGUAGAGAUAGACGACAGGUUGCUGGAACAGCAGGUAAAAAAGGCACAAGGCAAGAAGGCAGACAAGCUCAAGCUGGGGACAGAUUGUGAUGCCAUGCUAACAAGUAUAAAGUCUAUAAAGAUUGUGAAAAAAGCAGGAGACGUUCAUGGUUCAUGGAUGAAAGACCCGAGCAAAUCUUCUCCGAAAAUUUAUUUUUUCAGCGGGACCAAAAAUACUACUCUAUUAGAAUUUCCCAACAUUAAAGAAUUUACUGAAAGCAACUUCACCCAAGUAGCAAGGAAUGUAACUCUACCAUUCCCUUGGCAGGGAACUGGGCAUGUAGUGUACAAUGGUUUCCUGUAUUUUCACAAGAGUGGCAGUUUAAAUGAGAUCAUAAAAUUCCACAUACGCAACAGAACUGUGACUGACAGCAUGUUAUUGCCGGGGGCAGGCAGAGUGCCAGUUUAUCAGCUUUCCCCAUUCACAUUUAUCGAUUUGGCUAUUGAUGAGCUGGGAUUGUGGUCUAUUCAUGCUGAUCCAGACACUGGUCGUAAAAUAGUGAUCACUAAAAUAGACAGAGGAAGUCUUUCUGUAGAACAUAGUUGGGAUACCAGCUGUAGCAGCGAAGACGCGGAAGCAGCUUUCUUAAUAUGCGGUACCUUGUAUGUAGUCUACAAUUCGCGUUAUGGGGGAAGAUCGAGAAUACAGUGUUUGUACGAUAUUCAUGAUAUGAUAAGCAAUGAGGAGAGCCAGAUCUUAUAUUUCCCUAAGCGUUAUGGAAGUCACUCUGUUAUGCAUUAUAACCCAAAGGAAAAGCAGAUUUACUCGUGGGAUGAUGGAUACCAGACCAUUUACAGAUUAGUUACGAAGCAAAAAAACGAAGGAUCUUUAGGAUCGAUAUAACUCAAAGCACGGAUUUGCAGGCAGAUAUUUGCAAGCUUAUCGCGUAAAAGUUAUGCUGCAUGCUCUCUUCAAAUCUAAUUCCAUUUUGCAAAUAUGUAAUUGCAGUUACAAGAGGCACUAAUUAAAAAGCAAAGCAGGCUUUGCUUCUAUUAUGUAUUUAAAGUCUAGAUACGAGGCGGGGAAAGCUGAAUAUUAACAUAAACUUAUUUUUAGCAUGUAGUAGUAUUGUGAACUUGAACGAGCAAAUGGCGAACUGCCAAAAAUAAGAUCUACUGUAUACAACCCCACAGGUUGUUACAGCGGUUUAAGAAACAUACUGUAACUGUAAAUCUUUUUUUAUCGUGGUUCACAUCUGAAAAUUUUCAAAGCACUGCAUGAAGUUUCGAGUAAUCAUGUACAGCAGAUCUGUAACAAAUGCAGUUCUUCAGACUCCAGUAAAGUAGCGGCGCCACUUUGCAGUUAUCCAGCUGCGACAAGUGAAGUCAUAGGACAUCGAAAACACAGCCAUGCUUUCAUGUCAAGCAAAUUGGGAUUGAAAAAGUAAGUUCUACACGUAUUAAGGCUACUUUCUAGUUGCAAAUUGCAGUUGUAGCAACAUGCAGCAAAGUAUAACGCUGUAUUUUUCGAGCUAUGCUACUUGCUCUUUAAAUGUGUACUGUACUUAUGAUGACUGAAAAUCAUACAUCUUAAUAAAGACGUUUUUGA